CUUACAAACGCGCACACAAACUCAUGUAUAUAAAAAAAAUCAAGAAGCCAUUAUACUUGAUCUCCAAAGAAAAGAGAACAAGAAUAGCUAGAGAGAGAAAAAGAGAUAUUAGUAAUUGCCGAAUAUAAAGUUAUACCUAUGGAGAAGAAGAUUAAUGUGUUUGUGAUGUUUAUGAUCUUCUCAUUGGUUGGCUCGUCUUUGAUGUUUGGGAAAGUUGAUUGCAGAACCCUACGAUCAAAGCCUUUGACAGAUAUGAACGGCCAAGAUCAAUCGGCGGUGGCCAUGAAGGUGAAGAAAAACUCAAGAAAUCAACCUCCAUUGAUGAAGAGCUAUGGUUUCCGGUUAGCGUCUGGACCGAGCAGAAGAGGUCGUGGUCACUAAUCAACAGUUACCACUUCUAUUUCGAUCUCUUCCAAAUAUUUUUCUCCAUUUUUGUUGGAUUAUUUUAAAUAUGUAAAUCGAAUGUUUUUGUUGAGUGAUUUAUUCAAGGAGAUGUAACGCGUAACAUGUAGCUU